CGCCAGCGUCUUGAGACCAGCAGCAAUCGCCUUCACGUCCGACCGCGUCACAAUUGCGCCUGGGUAUAGGUUGGCCCGGUAAACGCCUGCACACACUGCCAGCGACAGUCUCGAGCGCUGUUCUCGUCUCCUCACCGCCGCCGCCGCCGACCAAUACGUCUCUGAGCGGGGUCCAUCCCACUUCCUCACGCGCCCACACCUCCGACGACUACUCACGUACCAACACCGCAGCAAUGGGCGCCAAGGUUCCGCGCAACUUCCGUCUGCUGGAAGAGCUGGAGAAGGGCGAGAAGGGGCUUGGUGCCGAGGCUUGUUCAUAUGGUCUUGACAACGGAGACGAUCUGUUGAUGUCGGACUGGAAUGGCACCAUCCUCGGCCCACCCCAUAGUGUCCACGAGAACCGCAUCUACAGCGUCUCGAUCCACUGCGGCCCAGACUACCCCGACACGCCUCCGGAGAUUAAGUUCACGUCCAAGAUCAACCUGCCCUGCGUCAACCCUCAGAACGGAAAGGUCGACCCGACAAAGCUGCCAUGUCUGGCUCAGUGGAAGCGCGAGUUCACCAUGGAGACCAUACUCAUCGAGCUCCGAAGAUACAUGGCGCUUCCUCAGAACAAGAAGCUCCCCCAGCCUCCUGAAGGCACAACUUUCUAGCCAUACCCCCUUCGUGUGGGCUGUCUCGAGGUUACAGUCAGAACAGAGAUGUGACUGGACGCCGAAUACAAAUGUACGACGGGAACGCUGAAGGUGCAUCAGACGGAGUUAUGGUCUGCUAGAUGAGCCAACGAUCUAGCAAAGUGACUACUUAGAACUACGAAUAACAUGUUUUAUGAAACGC